AUAAUUUGCAGUUUUUUCACUGUUCCAUGUGUCAAAGAGGAAAGUUACAAAUAUUGACUUGUUAAGAAUAACUUUAGGGAUUGAAUUAAAGAUAAAGGAAAAAUUAAAUUGGGAAAAUGCAGCAUGAUGAUGUUAUAUGGAGCAUUAUCAACGGAUCCUUUUGUUCCUUUAAAACAAGAGCAAAGAAUACCCAGAAGUUUUGCAGAAAUGAAUUCAAUUUGACAGGGCUGUGCAAUAGGUCGUCAUGCCCCCUGGCUAACAGUCAGUAUGCGACAAUUAGGGAGGAAAAUGGCGUCUGUUUCCUGUACAUGAAGGUUGUAGAGCGGGCUGCGUUUCCACGGCGACUUUGGGAGAAGGUGAAACUGUCCCGCAGCUAUGAAAAGGCACUCAAACAGAUAGAUGAAAACCUGGUGUACUGGCCCAAAUAUGUCAAACACAAAUGCAAGCAGCGUUUUACAAAGAUCACGCAGUAUUUGAUCAGAAUUCGCAAACUGACAUUAAAGAGACAAAAGAAGCUGGUUCCAUUGAGUCGGAAGGUCGAGCGUCGGGAGAGACGUCGGGAGGAGAAGGCUCUCGUGGCUGCACAGCUAGACAACGCCAUCGAGAAAGAGCUGCUGGAGAGGCUAAAACAAGGAACUUACAAGGACAUCUACAACUUCCCACAGAAGGCGUUUGAGAACGUGGUGGAGGGGGAGGAGGUGGAUGUGGAGAGUGGCUCUGAGGAGGAGGACGAAGGCGAGCCAGAGAGUGAGAGUGAAAUGGAGGAGGAGUCUGACUCUGGAGAAAUGGAGUAUGUUGAGGAUGAGCUGGAGGAGAGUGACAUGGACGAUAUGGAGGACAUGGACCGUCUCCAGGGCGACAGUGACAGUUCCGAGGAGUCCAGCGAGGAUGACCAGCGUCCAUCCACAUCUCGAGCCAAACCACGCAAACCCAGGCGGAAAGUGGAGAUCGAGUACGAACACGAGACCGAGGACCUUUCAAGGACUAAACUUAAGACUAAGACGUGAAUGUGGAGCGUUUUUUUUAUCAGUUGUUGGUUUUAUGUAUUAUACAUGUACAUGUACAUUUUGGCGGUAGUUAUAAAACUUCUUAAUUAAGUCAUCUCCUAACUUAAGUCACUUUCCUUAUUUUAGUAUCUAUUUAGUCAUAUGAAGUAAGGAAUUUUCUAAAUACAUUAUUUUCAUUGACCUUAUUGAAAAAAAUAUACUUAAAUGUUAAAAACAGUUAUACAUUUCUUUUAAUUUGACUAUGAAGAUUUUAAGAAAAUGACUUGACUAAGGAAAUGACUUGACUAAGGAAAUGACUUGACUAAGAAAAUCACUUGACUAAGGAAAUGACUUAAGGAAAUGACUUGACUAAGGAAAUGACUUGACUAAGGAAAUGACUUGACUAAGGAAAUGACUUGACUAAGAAAAUGACUUGACUAAGGAAAUGACUUGACUAAGGAAAUGACUUGACUAAGGAAAUGACUAGACUGAGGAAAUGACUUAAGAUGCUUAGUGAAUACAGCCCCUGUUCUCUACACUGAUUGAAUGAUGAAUACAACUAAUAAAUAUAGUUAAUGUUAAAUGAA